AAGAAAACAGCUGCGGUUCCGGUCUUCUAAACGUUUUGUCGUUCGGCUGUUUUUGAGAAACCUAUCCUACUGAGGAUGUCUCAACAGGAAGGCUAUUCGCCCAGUUUCAAGCGACCGGCUGAAAUCAUGCGAAUGAGGAGGAAGCGAACUCGUAGCGAGGCCAGUGUCUUCUCGAGCCCAAGCGGACGGGGCUCCACGGGCAGCCCCGGACAAAGCGACUCACUGCGGGCAUGCGUUCGGCCUUUCUCCCCGGGGCCGCUUUUCAACAACCAGAACCGCUCCGGAGGUGGGAUGAAGCGCAGAAACCCGUUCGCAAAUAUCGAGAACACUUUCAGCCCCAAAAAGAAAUGUCUCAUUUAUAACGACGACAGGAAUGCCGAAGCUGCGGACAAGAUGAGGACAUGGACAGGAGAGGAGGGAGACGAGGAGGUCAUGUCAACAAAGACGUACUGUCAUGGAGGUCUGCCUUUCAGUGCGAGGCUGGCAGAGGAACAGGAACACCAAGAUAUGUCCAGCAAGGAGUGUCUCACUUUCUCUGAAGAUGACUCUCUGUUUGAAGAAGAGGAGGAAGAUGUUAAAAGUCCACUGCUGAAGAGUCCCCAGGCCAUUGCUCCGGCCUCCAUAGCUCCUCCCAUCUGCACAGAGUACCCAGCGGACUGGAGCCUGAAGACCCGCCUCCUCUUCACCUCCCCGCUCACCCUGUCAUGGGCCGAGCACCCCAAAGCCCAGGAGGAGGCUUCAGGGCUCAGUCAUCACUGCAGAGCUCAGUUCAGCACUCUGCCUCACAGUCUACAGGAUCCCAGUUCCUGCUCUGAGCUGCGGGUGGCCUUCCAGCAGAGUCUGGUGUACUGGCAGCACCCCUCCCUGCCCUGGAUCCCUCUGUUCCCCAGGAUCAACGCUGAGAGGAGCUUCACUGGGAGAAGCACCCCCUGGGCACAAGACCGAGCCCUGCAGCAGAGCCUCAUGAGUGAAUGGUCAGUCAGUCUGUCGUCUCUCUACAGUCUAUUGAAGGCCCGACUGUGUCCUUACUUCUAUCUCUGCUCCCAUCAGUUCACAGUGUUGUUCAGGGCAGCCGGUCUCGGGGGCUCUAGCAGCAUCACGGCCUUCAUCUCUCCUACGACCAGGGGCCUCAGAGAGGCCAUGAAGGCUGAUGGUAUAGAGUUCAGUCUCCCUCUAGUGGAGGAGAGGAGGAAGAGCAGGGAGCAACAGAACCUGAGCAUGCAGCAGGGAGAGGAGGAAGAGCAGGAGUGUCCUGAGCUGAAAGAGGGCGAGGAGAGUCCGGCAGGUGACGAAGGAGAGACUGAUGAUGAAGACGGCAGCUUCUCCUGGCUGAAGGAGAUGGGUGUCCAGGACAAAAUCAAGAAGCCAGACAGCAUCACCAUGCAACUUCGUAAGGAAGGUCCCACUGUGUCUCUGGACCACAAGCCGGAGUCUGUGGUGUGUGUGGAGGGACCGCACACCUUCACCCUCAUCAACUUCCUCAUCAGCUCUAAGGGUCUGGUGGCUGCAGCGGGCUCCCAGGCCGGGUUACCCCCAACACUCCUGGCUCCCAGCGCCUUCAGGGGAGCUACGAUGCACACACUGAAGGCCCGCAGUGUGAAUGUGAAGAGCCAGGUUGGUUCGACCUACCAGAACAUCAGCAGUCUGGAGAUCACAGGACCUAUCCUCCCCUCCUCCCUCCACACCGUCACAACCCUCCUUCGGUCCGCACAGAAAGGGAACUUCUCAGCUGCUCUUUACAGUCACACACCUACCGCUGUCAUGAACACACACACCACCAAGCAACAGUGUCCUGGUGGGUCGGUGGACCUGUCUGCUUGUGGUCUCUAUCCUGCUUCCCUCCAGCAGCUCCAGCAGCCCUCCAGCCUGGGCAAGACUGCUCUGACUCACAUCAACAUGAGCAACUACAGCUACAUGUGGAAGAACUGAUGGAGCGAAGUGUUCUCUAACAACGUAAGCGCGCUGCACUGCUGCUGUGGUGGCAACAAGGCUAAAAACCUGUUCCACUGUACCUUUAAGAGAUGACCCUACCGGACACGUGGCGUUACACCAGUACUCCAUUCAGUGGUUCUUUUUAAAUGCUUAUACAAACACGUUUCAAGCUGUGCUCUUGUAAUGAUCAUACUGUUCUGAAUUUGUUUUUAAUAUUGAUAAAUGCAUCAUUAGGGUGAAAAUGUUUUUAAUGACUGUUUUGUUUUAUCAGAUGAAAGUGCUGAUGCACCGUCAUGUUUGAGGUUGUAGUCGGAGACAUGCGUAGACAAAUGAAUGCUUUCUCUGUUGUAUUAAGGUCUGCUGACUUUCAUUUCAGGUGUGUGUGUAUGUGUGAGAGAGAGAACUGCACUUCCUCACUGAUGACAUAUUUGUGCUGUAGAUGAAGCAGUGAUAUUAUAAAUCGAUUCAUUUA